UAGAGGUGUGUUGGGAAAGGGUGUAGCUUGUAUGAUAGGAUUUAUUAUUAGGAUGGGAGUGUAGCCAAGGGAAGACAAAGUUGCAGAACCAAGAUAAAUGAUAUAUUUGAAGAAAUCUCCCCGGAACCAAUUGGUUCGGCAUCAUUAGCUCAAGUACACAAAGCAAAAUUAAAAGAUGGUACAACCGUAGCUGUCAAAGUGCAACAUCCGGCGGUUUUGGGAAAUUCUCGGGUUGAUAUGAAAACUAUGGAAUAUCUCGUGAAAGUUGUCGAAUAUUUCUUCCCGGAAUUUAAAUUCCAAUGGUUAGUGAACGAAUCGAAAAAGAACAUACCAACCGAGUUAGAUUUUAAAAACGAGGGUCUCAACGCUGAAAAAAUCGCAGGAUUAUUCAAAGAUGUCCCAUGGUUGAGGGUACCAUCGAUUCGAUGGGAUUUAACAACUAAACGGGUUUUAACCAUGGAGUAUUUGGAUGGGGGGCAAGUUAACGAUAUUAACUAUAUUAAAGAAAAUAAGAUUAAUCCGUUGGAAGUGUCCGAUAAGCUUGGGAUGUUAUAUUCGAACAUGAUUUUUAUUCAUGGAUUUGUGCAUAGCGAUCCACACCCCGGAAAUAUUUUAGUGAAGAAAAAUGAAAAAGGGAAUUGUGAUAUCGUUUUAUUAGAUCACGGACUUUACGCGACGUUAAAUGGAGAAAUUAUGGUUGCGUACGCAAAUUUAUGGUUAAGCAUUUUAAAUCGUGAUACGGUAGCAAUGCGACUUUACACAUCAAAGUUGGGUAUAAAGGAGAAUUUUUAUGGUUUAUUCGCUUGUAUGAUAACAGGUAGAACUUGGGAUUCAGUUAUGAAAGGAAUUGAUAAGCGCAAACCGACGGAGAAAGAAAAAGAAACGUUCCAAGUACAAAUCCCAACGUACGCCUCUCAAAUAAUCGACGUGUUAGAUCAAGUUAAUCGCCAACUCCUUUUAAUUUUUAAAACGAACGAUUUAAUGCGUGGGAUUGAUCACACUUUGAAGACUAGUGCCAGGAUGGGGUCGUUUCGGGUGAUGUCUCAAUGUUGCAUCGAGACCGUUUAUACCAAAAAAAUCGAUAAUUCGAAAGGUAGGUUGAAAAAAUUUCAAUAUGGCGUGGCGAAGUUUUGGAUGUUGUUUAAAAUACGGGUUUAUUAUACUUUUGCUUCGAUUAAAGAAUUAUUCGGAUUGAUUUGAAUCUUUUAAUUUAUUAUUAUGUUGUUAUAUUAAUUUAUAUGUUUUAUACAUUAUUAUUGUAAAGUUUUACUCAUUUUAAGGGGGUAUGCCACCUUGGAGAGCCGAAUAUAAAGAUAACUUUUGCAACGUGGGGAAAAAUGCUUUCUAAAAACGGGUUGUGGGGUUUAUAUAUGCAGCUUUUCUAGUUUUAAAAACGUGUUUUAUUAGCAUGUGCAAUGUUAGGCUUGCAAAUCGUACAGAGUCAAUUGGCGUGCAGGAAUUCUCCUAAACCGGAAGUCGAAUAAUCAAAUUUCGAGAACGAUUACUUUUUUAAACUCAAAAACUAGGGAUCUACAUAGGAUUUUUAAAAAAUAUUCAUUUUUGGCAAAAUGUUGCCCAUUUGACCAGAAAUGUCAUAUUUAUUGAUAAAAAACAUACGUAAAAAUGUUUUUAAAAGAGACAAGUUUAGAUACAAUAUAAAAAAAAAGUUUUUUAAAAUCCGUUUAGAAAUGCUAAAUCAUUCGUACAAAUUAAACAAUACGUUUAAGUUGAUCAUUACGAAAAAUUAAAUGUUUUCUUUUGAAGCCUCUAACCAGUGAUUCCUGCACGGUACAUUUGUCCUUCUUGAUGGUCUUCUCAGCUAAUCUGGCUGACUAUAACUUCUACGGGCUUCUUUAGUCUCAUUGGUCAUGGAGCGUCAGCGUGGACAAUGCGACGUGAGUUUCGUGGAAAAACUCAAAGAACAAUCUUCCAAUUGUUAACUUUAGUGCUUGUAUUAUUUCCAUAAUGGUUAUAAGAUCGUCACUAAAAUUACAAGCGGCAAUAUCGAACGCAAUGCCACUUUCUUUCCACUAUGAACUGUUUUUACAUAAAUUAGAAACUUUUUUUAUUAUUUGAGGAAAUUGUUACGAUGUUAUUUUUCGCGUUGCUGUGUAAAAACUCUCUAAAGCCACUAGAAGCGCUUUAACUAAAUUGUUAUUAAUUGAAAUCUUUAUUUCAAUAAAGUAUAACAGAUAAUGUGAACAGAUAAUACGUAAUAACAUCAUAAUACAAAUUAUUUCAUUUUUUUGUUCAUUAAUAGGUAAUAAUCGUUUUAUUAAACCUGAUUUGGUUUUUAUUUCUACCACUUUAGGACAUUACCACAUCAUUAUCCUUCGUACCAACGUGUUUCCAAUGGUUGACUUGGGUUGAUUGUUGUAUAUUAGUAACUCUAUUUGAUAUGUAAAUUUUCCAUUUACGACAUUCUACCCUUAACCAACUUGUCGAAUUGUCGAAUCAUACCAAUAAUAUAGAGAAUCACUCCUCAAUUUAAAUGUCCUUUGCAUUCGUUUCAUCAAUUUUGCCAACAACACAGCACGGCAGCGCACAAUUCUAGCUAACCAUAUUUGGUAUAAAUCUUCUGACAAAGAAUCAACCCAGUCAAGAUUUUCUUUCCAUAACAUCUGCAUAAAAAGUUUCACCUUUAUAUGAAUUGGACCAACUAAGUUUAACCGAUCAAAUAUGUUGUGUACCUGAUCAAUAAAACCCACAUUAGAACUCUAAAUAUAGUAUAUUUCCUUUAAUAACUUAAUAACUAACAAUAACACACAGUUUUCCCUCCUUCGUUACAAAUCUGGUUUUUGUGGUGCCUUUAUGAUUCUUUUAGAUUAACGUAAGUUAGGGGUUUUAGGAGAUUUGGGAGUAGAGGGAUGAUCUGAGGAAUCCGAUUCUGGACUUUGCGGUAUCUUAGAUUUCUCCAUUGUCUCCAUAGUCACAGGUACCUCUUUAUCUGUCUUAUCUUCAUUCUUCUGAUUGAUAUCUCACAUUCUUCUCAUCCUCUGAUAUAUUUUCACUGUGUUGAUUUUUACUUUUAUCCAUUUUCAAAUGAUCUACAUGCAUAAAUCUAGUUCCAUCAUCAAAUUCCAUCAUGUAAGUUCUAUAACUCUUCCUUUCUAUUAUUUUUCCUGCCCUCCAAUGUCCCAAUCUUCCGCCCAAAUUAAUAAAAGCGAACACUUUAUCAUUUAUAUGAAAUGCCGCUUGUCUCCUCUUCAUCAUCAUUGCCUUUUCUUCAUCUUUAACAGCAUGUGGAUGAAUUAAUGUAAGGAGUGUUCUUGGAAAACAAGUUCUGUAGGCUUGCGUCCAUUUACAGUAUUUGGCAUGUUUCUAUGUUUUAAAAGAAAAUUAUUCAAUAGUAGUUGUAGAGAUUUUCUACGUUGUCUUUGUUCAUUUUCCUUAAUUGUUUUGCCAAAUUUUUCUUAACUGUUGCUACAUUUCUUUCUGCUAACCCAUUAGAUUGAGGGUGGUAUGGAGGAGAAUGUGUUAACAAUACGGUAUAUUGUUAACUUACAAAAUUUGUUAAAUUCUGAUGAUCCAAAUGGUGGUCCAUUAUCUCUAACUAUUUGCUGUGGCAACCCAACAGUGGCAAAAAUUGAUCUUAGCGUAAUUAUUAAUUCCUCCGCCGUUGUAUUUUUAAUUACUUUUACUUCCAACCACUUACUGAAUCUAUCCACCAGCAACACGAAAUAUCUCCCACACUUCUGAAAAAAAUCUAAGUGCACUCUCUCAAAACAUGUGUUUGACUUUGGCCAAGGUACUAUAGUCGUUGUUGAUGGUUUGCCAUGGGUAAAUUUGCAAACAUCACAUUUAUUGCAAUACUGCUCUAUAUCUUCAUCCAUCAGAGGCCACCAUAAAUUAUUUCUUGCCAACAUUUUCAUUCUUACCAUGC